GGUACCAGGCGCGCGUCCGUGAAGCCUCUCCUUCACCCAACAGAGACUCCGGGCCCCGGAACUGACUGCGGAACUGUUUCGUACACAAAUUAAAUUGAAAAAAAAACAAAACAAAACAAUGCCAGAUGUCACGGUGUUUUUGUCAUGUUUGUUGUUUUUUAUUUCAAUUUUGCGUCCAGGGAUCGGGGCAGAAGUGUCCUUGUGGAACGUCGACAUCAACUCAUCACAAAAUGCCGUCUUCAGGAAGACAUUGUACGCCAACACAACCAUCUUCAUGACAUUCCAGGGCGACUUGGCUUUAUGUGAUUCCACCCUGGCCUUCAACAUCAGUUGGUACCUCCGGUCUUCAAAAUGCUACAAUGAAGUCUUUAAUACUCCAGACAACAAGGCACUGACUAUGUUUGGUCUGGAUCACAUGCUGAAGGAGGACUGGAAUGGCUUCUACAGUCAGGGAUACAUGUACUUCGACAACUGCUCAACCCUUUUACUACCCAAGGUGUACUACACAGACUUCAGCCCCUAUCAACCCCUCAUCAGCCCACAGAGCGAGGAAGGCAGGCCUUCCAAUCAGAGUGCUCCGCAGGGGUGGCUGGAAAAGCCGGAUAUAGGUGCAGUGGCCAAGGCUUGGUCCGACAGCCCCUACCUGUUUAUAGUGAAGGUACAGCCGCAGCAGCGUGGAGAUGCCAGCGGGGGGCGCCCUGGAGCAGAGGAGGAGGAGCCUAAUGAUGUCCAGGGAAACUUGGCCUUCAUCAUGACCGUGGAGAUGAAGGGGCCUCGUGAAUACUCCUCCCCUGCAGACUGGCCUCUAAUGAUGUUCUACAUGGCGAUGUGUAUAGUGUAUGUUUUCUUCGGGGCGCUCUGGCUCUUCUGGUCGGCCUGUUACUGGAAAGAUCUGUUGAGGAUCCAGUUCUGGAUUGGAGGAGUGAUCCUCCUGGGCAUGCUGGAGAAGGCCGUCUUCUACUCCGAGUACCAGAGCAUCCGCUACAGAGGAGACUAUGUCCAAGGUGCUGUAAUCUUUGCCGAGUUGCUGUCUGCUCUGAAGAGAUCUCUGGCUCGCAUCCUGGUGCUCAUAGUCAGUCUGGGGUACGGCAUCGUCAAACCCAGGCUGGGCACCACAGUCCACCGGCUAGCAGCAGUAGGCCUGCUCUACCUGCUCUUCUCCUCCGUGGAGGGAGUACUGCGCGUCACAGGAGGUUUCUAUGGGACCGUAGCCCUGGUGGCUAACCUGAGUCUCUCUCUCAUUGACUCCUGUGUGAUGUGGUGGAUCUUCAUAAGCUUGUCCCAGACCACUCGUCUUCUGAAGCUGCGUAGGAACGUGGUGAAGCUGUCUCUGUAUCAGCAUUUCACCAACACACUCAUCUUCUCUGUUCUGGCUUCUAUUAUCUUCAUCGUCUGGACGACCAAAGUGUUUAAGCUGGUCGACUGCCAGACGGGUUGGAGGGAUUUGUGGGUGGACGAUGCCUUCUGGCGCCUCCUCUUUUCCACCAUCCUCCUGGUCAUCAUGGUGUUGCUACGACCCUCCGCCAACAGCCAGAGGUUCUCCCAUUCCCCUCUGAUCGAUGAAGACGAUGAGGAGGAUGAAGCCAAGGAACCCAUGCUGAAUGAAGCCUUUGAGGGGAUGAAGAUGAGAGGCACCAAGGCUGAGACUAAUGGAUCCCAGUCACAGAAACUACUCAGUAAAGAGGAUGAAGACCUGAAAUGGGUUGAAGAAAACAUUCCCACAACUGUUGCUGAUGUAGCCCUCCCAGCAAUGCUUGACGAAGAGGAGGAAAUUCUGAAAACCAAGAUGGAGAGAUCCAAAAUGGAAUGACCGAGUGGAGGGGUUUCUCCGAGGCAGCCAUUGAUGGAGUUAAAUUAAGUGAACCUUCAGAUCCUAUAUUUAUGUACAACACUUUUAUGUUCAUUUGAGCACCGCCAUGCAGCCGCUAAUAAACUCUACGGCUUUGCCAAAUGGCCCCCUAUUCCCUCUGUAGUGCACUACUGUUGACCAGGGCCCCAUAGGGUAGUGCCCUACUGUUGACCAGGGCCCAUAGGGUAGUGCCCUACUGUUGACCAGGGCCCAUAGGGUAGUGCCCUACUGUUGACCAGGGCCCCAUAGGGUAGUGCCCUACUGUUGACCAGGGCCCAUAGGGUAGUGCCCUACUGUUGACCAGGGCCCAUAGGGUAGUGCCCUACUGUUGACCAGGGCCCAUAGGGUAGUGCCCUACUGUUGACCAGGGCCCUAUAUAGAACACUACUGUUGACCAGGGCCCAUAGGGUAGUGCCCUACUGUUGACCAGGGCCCAUAGGGUAGUGUACUACUGUUGACCAGGGCCCUAAUCACUAUAUAGAACACUACUGUAGACCAGGACCCUAUAUAGAACACUGCUGUUGACCAGGGCCCUAUAUAGAACACUGCUGUUGACCAGGGCCCUAUAUAGAACACUGCUGUUGACCAGGGCCCUAUAUAGAACACUACUGUUGACCAGGGCCCUAUAUAGAACACUACUGUUGAGCAGGGCCCAUAGGGUAGUGUACUACUGUUGACCAGGGCCCUAUUCCCUAUAUAGAACACUACUGUUGACCAGGGCCCAUAGGGAAGUGCACAACAGUAGUGCACUACCCUAUGGGGCCUGGUCAACAGUAGUGCACUACCCUAUGGGCCCUGGUCAACAGUAGUGCACUACCCUAUGGGGCCCUGGUCAACAGUAGUGCACUACCCUAUGGGGCCCUGGUCAACAGUAGGGCACUACCCUAUGGGGCCCUGGUCAACAGUAGUGCACUACCCUAUGGUCCCUGGUCAACAGUAGUGCACUCCAUUUGGGAUGCUACUUGUCACUCGGCCCAGUGAGUCAGUCAGUCUGCCAUUGACACCUAUCUAUAUUAGUAUUGACACAGUGCAGUCUGAUAAUUUGUCAGAUUUGCUAAAUGCAUUAUUAUGUGUCACAGUGAGGCUUUUUAUGUUCGUUUCUGCCACCUCCUCCCCCAACGCUGGCACAGUGCAAGUUAAACACAGCCUGUGAGGCCAGACUAGGCCCACUCACCCAGUAAUUUAUUCUACAUACAGCAUAUGGUUUUGUAUUGUUAAAUUGUCCUGCAUUGUUUGUUUUUUUGGUUUAGCAGGAAAUAAGGACAGCAUCUAAUGUACAGUAAAGUGGGUCUGUGUCGUAGUUUCUUUGUUACAUUUAUUGUAUGCAUUUUUUGCUGUUUAUUCUGGGAUUAAAGUUUAUAUUAAAACCUUGUCACCAAAUUAA